ACUGGGGCAAAAUUUUAGAUGCAAAUUAAACAAAAUUUCGAGCAACUGAAAUAGUAAAACUAGUUUGAAACGUGUGUAAAAUAUAGCAGCAAUCUUAAAGCAUGGAGAAAAUCAAUUUAAAUCUUUCGAACCGGCCCAAAAUGAGCAUUCUCGAAAAGCCACUGAGUCGUGGCAAGGGCGAAGUUUCGCUAAGCUGCUACGCUCUAUUAUUUUCCGAGGUGGUCCAGUACUGCCAGAGCCGGGUCAACACCAUUCCGGACUUGCAGAACAAAUUACAUGACCUGGGCAAAGACAUCGGAUGCCGGAUCAUUGAUCUCUACUUUGUCCGGGAGCGGAACUCAAAACGGGAAACCAAGCUUAUCAACAUGCUGCUCUUCAUCAAAAGCACCCUCUGGAAGACGCUGUUCGGCAAGGAGGCGGACAAACUGGAACACGCAACGGAUGACGAGUGCACUUACUACAUCAUCGAGAAGGAACCGCUGGUCAACAAAUUUAUCAGCGUGCCCAAAGAUAAGGGCUCGCUGAACUGCGCUCAAUUCGUCGCCGGCAUAAUUCAGGCGGUACUAUCGAACUGUGGCUUCACAUGCCAGGUGUCCGCCCACUGGCACAAGGGCACAACCUACAUGGUGAAGUUUGAGGACCAUGUCAUCAGCCGCGACAAGCAGUUGGAGGAAAAAUAAAACCCAAAAUCACCACUACUCUGUUCCAAA